AUGACACCACAGCUACCACAUACCAUUCCCGGUGGCAUCGACCAUUUCGGUGACCUCCCGCUGGAACUUAAUGUCCAAAUCAUGGAGCUACUUCCUCUUGAUGACUUAUGCUCUCUUACCAGAGCGUCGCCUGCAGCGUGGCGGUCUUUUCGACUGGAUCACUCUUUCAUUCUGAGGCCCCAUAUAAAGCAAUUCUACGACCACUACGGCGAUCCAGCUGCCGCACCACUACUCAAACUGCUUAUUCGCCUUCGAUCUCUACGAAACCAAAUGAAGAGGAAGCCUAAGAUAGAUGUUGAGAAGAGAUUAAAACCAACCCUUGAUUCUAUUCUCUCUUUGGACUUCAUGGAAGUACCUUCGGGAUGGGACUCAAAUCUCCAGGCUCUGAGUGCAGCAAAGGCAUUGAUUCCUGAACUGCGGGACAUAUUCGACCUAUGGAAUAAUCGGACUCUAAGUAUUGCCCCGUAUAAGGAGCUUGACAAAGUUCCUCGAUGGGAAUGCUGGAGAUUCGUUGAGUCCUUGCUCCGAUUCGAAUGCUGCUGUUGUAUUCUUUCCCAUCCAGAAGGGCUUUUAUUUCAAGAUAUGCUUCAACUUAAACAUGUCUUUCUCAAACCGCUGAUUGCUGCCACAGAAACCCUGCUUCCUAGCGACCUACGGCCUUGGGGCUUGCUCGAGGGGAUAAUGGAGAGUACGAUGACCCAAAUAUCCUGGACUGAGGAAGAGGCCAUAUUACCAACAGAGUUUAAUUUCGAAACUCCAAAAUAUUUCAGAAAAUGGUUCGAGCCUAUAGUCAAAACCGUUGACAAAUCACUCCGUAAAGAAUGGGGUAGAACGAUCAAGGGUCGCAAGAAACAGUCACUUACUGUGGAGGAGUCUGAAAUCAAGCAAUUUCUCCAGCGAAAGGGAAGUGAAGAUAAACAUCUGUGUUAUCACCUCACCCUCCAAGGGAACACUUCCUUGGAAGGAUACAUCGCGAAAAGGAACUUUUCGGCUCUCAUCUCAGUCUAA